CGUAAAAUGUCGCUGAUCGUCGCUUUGGUCGGCAUUAUAGUAACGCUGCUGCUAUACGCAGUGCGUCAUCGUUACAAUUACUGGAAUCGGCGUGGCAUACCACACGAUGUGCCCAAAUUUCCCAAGGGCAAUCUUGCUGAUUGGAUGACAAAGCGUCAGUUGGGUGUUAUCUUUAAGGAUUACUAUAUGAAGUACAAGGGCAGCUCGGCACCAUUUGCUGGCUUCUAUUUCUUCUUUACCAAGACGGCAGUCAUAACUGACUUGGACCUGGUGAAGCGUGUGCUUAUCAAGGAUUUUAAUAACUUUGAAAAUCGCGGUGUUUUCUACAAUGAAGCUGAUGAUCCACUGUCGGCUACGCUGUUUAGCAUUGAGGGACGCAGAUGGCGCAAUCUGCGGCAUAAGCUGACGCCCACAUUUACCUCUGGCAAAAUGAAGCACAUGAUGCCGCUGGUGCUGAAAGUAGCGGAUGAACUGGCGCUAAUGUUUGAAAGCAAAGUGCCAACGCCGCAGGUGCUGGAGAUAACCGAUCUGGUGGGACGCUUUACGGCCGAUGUGAUUGGCAAUUGCGCUUUUGGUCUGGACUGCAAUAGUCAGCGUAAUCCCGAAGCGGAGUUCGUUAACAUGGGCAAGCGUGCGGUGUCCGAGCGACGUUUUGGUGGUCGGCUGGACUUCUUUCUGUUUGGCUUUCCCAAGGUGGCGCGCGCUUUGCAUAUGAAGUCGACAGUGCAGGAGGUUGAGGACUUUUAUCUGCGCAUUGUACGCGAUACCAUUAACUAUCGUCUGGAGCAUAAGGAGAAGCGUCACGACUUCAUGGACAUGUUAAUUGAAUUGUAUCAAAAGCAGCUCGCUGGCAAUACGGAGGAGGGUCUAAGCUUUGAAGAGCUCGCGGCUCAGGCGUUUAUCUUCUUCGUCGCUGGCUUCGAAACCAGUUCCACCACCAUGGGCUUUGCUCUAUACGAGCUGGCACAGCAUCAGGAUAUACAGGACAAGCUAAGAGCCGAAAUUAAUGCAGGACUUGUCAACAAUGAGUUUUCCUAUGACAGUAUUAAGCAAAUGUCGUAUCUGGAGCAGGUUGUUAUGGAAACCCUACGCAAAUAUCCUGUGCUCCCUCAUCUGACGCGCCAGACCAACUCGGACUACUCCCCAGUCAAUCCCCAGCACUACAUACAAAAGGGCACCAUUGUGGUUAUACCAGCUCUGGGCAUACACUUCGAUCCCGAUAUUUAUCCUGCGCCACACAAGUUUCAACCGGAACGCUUUACUGAGUCGGAGAUCGCAGCUCGUCCAGCCUGCACUUGGCUACCCUUUGGCGAUGGUCCUCGCAAUUGCAUUGGCUCUCGCUUUGGCCUUAUGCAGACCUGUGUAGGACUUGCCUAUUUGAUCAAGAACUUUAAGUUUACUGUGGCUGCCGAAACAAUAAUUCCCAUGAAAUUGGUUGCCAAGAAUAUAUUGCUCACUUCUGAAAAUGGCAUUUACUUGAAGGUGGAAAAGAUUUCCAAGCUAGGAUACUUGAAACGUCGUGGUUUACCACAUGCGCAACCAUAUCCAUUGGUGGGCAACAUGUGGGGCUGGCGCACGUCGCGUCACACCUCGGAGAUUAUCACAGAGCUUUAUAGAAAGUAUAAAGAUACAGGUCCAUUUGUGGGCGCCUUUUUUCUGCUGAAACCCAUUUAUAUAAUAACGGACAUGGAGCUGCUCAAACAAGUGCUGAUCAAGGAUUUCAAUAACUUCGAUAGUCGCGGAUUGUUUUACAAUGAGCGCGAUGAUCCAUUGUCAGCGCAUUUGUUUGCUGUCGAUGGACCCAAGUGGCAUGGACUAAGACCACGCUUGACGCCCAUUUUUAGUGGCGCCAAAAUGAAGCUAAUGUUUCCCACUGUAGUGCGCACAGCCAAGGAGCUAACAAAUGUUAUGCAUGAGCGUUGCGCUGGGCAGAGCAGCGCUGCUUUGGAGGUAAGCAAACUGUUGGCCUGCUAUACGGCGGAUACAAUAGGCAGCGCUAUAUUCGGACUGGAGUGCAAUAGUCUGCGUGAUCCGAAGGCGCCCUUUGUGCAAAUGGGUUUGAAUGCGAUGCUAAAGAAACGCUAUGAUUAUAUAUUCUGUUUAAUGUUUCCCAAGCUGAGCCUGAAGCUGGGACUCAAACGCACGCCUGCUGAUGUGGAAAAGUUCUAUAUGAGUUUGGUAAAGGAUACGCUUGCGUAUAGAGAGAAACAUCAGAUCAGACGCAACGAUUUUGUGGAUAUUAUGCUGCAAAUGAAGCACAAAUAUGAUGCAGGCAACACCGCCGAAGGAUUAACUGUAAAUGAAAUAGCAGCACAAAUGUAUGUGUUCCUUGUGGCGGGCUUUGAAACCACAGCCACUGCGCUAAGUCUGGCACUCUAUGAGCUGGCGAGACAUGAGCAAAUACAGGAACAGCUCAGAGCUGAAAUUGAGCGCGUUAUUGAGCAGCAUGGCGAGCUUAGCUACGAGGCCAUGCAGCGCAUGAAAUAUCUGGAGCAGGUUAUAUCCGAAACAUUGCGCAUGUAUCCCGUGGCCACGGAGCAUAUGCGUCAAGCCAAUGCGCACUAUGAGCUGCCGGCUCAUCCCAAAUAUUAUUUGCCCGCUGGUGCAAAGUUGAUUAUACCCGUCUAUGGCAUACAUCAUGAUCCGCAGUACUAUCCAGAGCCGGAGCAGUUUCGUCCCGAAAGAUUCACCGACGAGGCCAUACAACAGCGACCCAGCUGCGCUUAUUUACCCUUUGGACUGGGUCCACGCAUUUGCAUUGGCCUGCGCUUUGGACGCAUGAAACUGGCAGUGGGACUUAUAGAACUUAUAAGACGCUUUCGCUUUAGCUUGACGCCACAGACGCCGCAGCCAAUGCAAUUCGAGAAACAUUCGUUUCUGCUGCACAUCAAAAAAGGCUUCGAGCUACAAGUGCAGCCACUCAACUAGCGCAAGAGAGUGAGA